GGGAGGGAAAGGUGGGUGGGAGGCGCGGGGAGCGCGUUCCAGGGCUGCUGCUCGCGGGUGGCCGCAGCCCGGUGCUGGGACUCGCGCGGCUCCUCCUCUUAGCCCCCCACCCCUUCCUCCUCUUUCCUCCUCCUCCUUCCUCCUUCCUCCUCCUCCUCCUCCUCCUUCUUCUCCUCCUUCUCGGCCGGGAGGAGGCAGGGCUGGAUCCCUCAGCCGCCGCCGCUCCUCCUCCUGGCAGGCCGGCCGCCGAGUCAGCUGACGCCGGCGCUCCAGCCUCGCCUCCCCGCGCGGCGCUCUGCGCUCCCCGAAAGUGGCUGCAAGCCGGCCGCCCACUGUCAGGGUUGGGGGGACAGAGAAAGUGAUGUGCGCCUUCUAAAGCCUCGCCCAGCGCCGCCGAAGCAGCUUCACCUCUCCAACUUUCUCCCACCGACUGCUUGUCUUGACCCUGCCCUCCACCCUCCCCAAAGCCACUUCGGGUGCGCGCUCUUGGGUAAAGGGGGGUCACCGGCUGUCUGGGAUGGCUUCCAAUUUUAAUGACAUAGUGAAGCAAGGGUACGUGAGGAUCCGGAGCAGACGCCUCGGGAUUUAUCAACGAUGCUGGUUAGUAUUCAAGAAAGCUUCAAGCAAAGGUCCAAAAAGACUGGAGAAAUUUUCUGAUGAACGUGCUGCAUAUUUCAGGUGUUAUCAUAAGGUUACAGAACUCAACAAUGUGAAGAACGUAGCUCGAUUGCCAAAAAGCACCAAGAAACAUGCCAUAGGGAUUUAUUUCAAUGACGAUACCUCCAAGACUUUUGCUUGCGAAUCAGAUCUUGAGGCCGAUGAGUGGUGCAAAGUACUCCAGAUGGAGUGUGUAGGAACACGGAUCAAUGACAUCAGCCUUGGAGAGCCUGACUUACUGGCCACUGGGGUUGAGAGAGAACAGAGUGAGAGAUUCAAUGUGUAUUUGAUGCCAUCUCCUAACUUAGAUGUACAUGGCGAAUGUGCCUUGCAGAUUACAUAUGAGUAUAUCUGUCUUUGGGACGUCCAGAAUCCCAGAGUCAAACUCAUCUCUUGGCCGCUAAGUGCCCUGCGGCGGUAUGGACGUGAUACUACGUGGUUCACUUUUGAGGCAGGGAGGAUGUGUGAGACUGGUGAAGGGUUGUUUAUCUUUCAGACCCGAGACGGGGAGGCCAUCUAUCAGAAAGUCCACUCUGCUGCCUUGGCCAUAGCCGAGCAGCACGAGCGCUUGCUACAGAGCGUGAAAAACUCGAUGCUCCAGAUGAAGAUGAGUGAGCGGGCCGCCUCACUGAGCACCAUGGUACCCCUGCCUCGCAGCGCCUACUGGCAGCACAUCACACGUCAGCACAGCACGGGGCAGCUCUACCGCCUGCAAGGGUCUUGCUCUUCACCUAGGCUGGAGUGCAGUGGUGCGAUCAUGGCUCACUGCAGUCUCAACCUCCUGGGCACCAGUGAUCCUCCUGCCUCAGCCUACCGAACAGCUGGGACUACAGAUGUUGCCAGCCCUCUGAAGCUUCAUCGAACAGAGACUUUUCCAGCCUACAGAUCUGAUCACUGACAGUAACUGCCAAGAAUUGUUAACACACUUGCGAUGUGUCAGCCACAUUCAUCCAGGAGGUCACAGAAUGACAGCAAGGGAAGUGACGACCAAGAGAAGAAGCUUAAAGUCCUGGCUAAUUGUGUGGUCAUUGGAAAACUCUGCAAUACAAUAAUUUUCUUUCUUUUAUUUUUCUUUUUUAAAUUCUUAGCGUAAUUGAAACGUGCUCUAUAGAUAUUGACUCUGUGUUCCCUCUUUUACAGCUGGACAGAAAGAAGUCAAUGUCACGAAAUGAUUUUCUAUUGUAGAUACCUUGUCCCUUGCACUUCUCUGAAUCUGUCCUUUUGUGGAUUCUUGUGAUUUUCCUUCCAAGUGUUUCAGUUGUAUGACAGUCAGUAUUGACAAUAAAAUGGCUUUUAAUUAUUUGUUAUUUGUUUACACCCUAUUCCUCAGUUAUUAUUACUGUGGUGCUGAUUAACUACUGGAAAUUCUAUUUGAUUAUAUCACCAAUUAGUUAAAUCAGUGCUUUGACUCACUCUUAUCUGCUCUGUUCAAAACUAUUCGUUCAAAGAACCCGUUAGUAUUGUUUACAGGGUUACAGUUUCUCUCAUAUGCUUUCCUCACCCCCUUACUCCCUUUUUUAAAAGCCUUUAUUUUGUUCGGAGUAUCUUCAUAAAACAUUUGAAAAUAAAAGAUCAUUCUUCACCCAUA